GGUACUCAAACAGGUCCACCCCGACACCGGAAUCUCGUCCAAGGCUAUGAGCAUCAUGAACUCCUUCAUCACCGACAUCUUCGAGCGCAUCGCCGGCGAGGCUUCACGUCUGGCGCUCUACAACAAGCGCUCCACCAUCUCCUCCAGGGAGAUCCAGACAGCUGUCCGCCUGCUCCUCCCCGGAGAGCUGGCUAAACACGCUGUGUCAGAGGGAACCAAGGCUGUGACCAAGUACACCAGCUCCAAGUAAAGUGCUUGUGA